AUGGAAACAGCGUGGCCAGCAUCUGCUUCGGCCAAUCUAUGGACACUGACUUCGAUUCAGUAUGUGCAAGAGAAGCGAGAUUCCACUGAGGCAAAUGCUCUACCUGAUAUUGUCCCUACUAGCAUCACAAUCGUCAAUCAAAGCACAGCUGGACCUCAUCUGCAGAGAGAGAUUGGUGUAUUUCGUAAAUCUUCCUUUGGAGCAGCGCCUACGCCACCGACAGUCCAACUAGCGACUAGAAAUCACAGGAGCCAAGAUGAAAUGGCUGAAUCCGGGGGCUCUAGUGACUGCGAGCAGACAGAGCGUACUGAUACCAAAACUUUACGACCUUGGACCCCGUACAUGGUCAAGCGAAACGAGGCUCCGGACCCUGAGAUUGACCACUAUGGGCAGCAAGUCCGAUAUGCAGAAGGGCUGAACGAGGAGAAGGAUAACUUCGAGACGGCAAGCAUUGAUCGCUUCCCUUCUGCAACAAAUAACUCUACCGAGGAGGUCGGAGAUAGUUUCCGAAAUUACUCCUUCCGAUGCAGCCUGCAACCUUCCGGCCAUCUUUAUACGAGCAGGCACAGCCCAACCGCGUUCACUCGAAAGCCGUUAUCUCAAAAACCGUUAAUCUCACGAUCUUCCAAUGAGGGUGGUGAGCUCCACAGCACCCUCGUCCAGCUCAACGAGGCCACUUCAUUCUCGCAGCAAUGUACAGAAAACUCUUUGCUUUCAUCCACUUCUUCUUCGCCCAAGCUCCCAUCCGAUGGUCGUUUAGUGAGUCCGGCCACCGGUGCGAUGGGCCAAACGCCGAGCACACUGUCCCCAGGCCCAGCCAGCGCGGCUGCAUCUUCAUCGUACGCUGUCCAGUGGACGACGACCACGGGAAAGGGGUGGGCCUCAUCUGGUGCCCGAGAAACGGGAACUAUGGACAAUGUCGGUCUGAUCAGUGGCAUUUACGAUGAUGGAGCAAGAUGGCGAAAGCCUCCUUUGGCGCCACUGCGAGGCUUGCCGGCUACUUUGUUGCCUACUCCCUCCUCUCACUUGCCCCAUGUAUCGUCUUUCACGAUUACGCAAGACACCUUCAACCCACAACCGACGAAAUGGGACGACAAGAACAGCCAUGACUUCGCACUUGUCAACUCCAGCUUGGACUCAGUCACUUCAUCUCCAGCCAGAGCGAGGAAAACCCCCAUAUCAUAUCUGCGCUCAUAUAGCUUAGAGCACCGGUCACCAAGCGCAACCCAUCGAAGCUCAGAGAGGGCAAUCAGUCAAAAACGAAUCCCGAAGGGCGGCGGUGUUUUGACGGGUUUUGUAGAAGCGCACACAUUUCGGCAUAAGUCAUCGGUGGAUGCUGCGCCAGAAGACCAAAUCAGGAUAAAAAGACCCGAAGAAGAGGAGCAGGAGAUAGGAAGCAUCGAAGGCUUUGAAAAGGGAAAGGAGACUUCUUUACUCGACGCUAGCAUAGAAAAUAACAGUGAACUUUCCAGAGUGCCAAGUCCAACUCAAGUUGACGAUUGCAUAGUCGGAAGUAAGGGGGUAUCCCAGGCCAAGGCGAAUGGAGGCAAGAUGACUGCCAGUGGCAAAAAUCGGCUCGAGCCUCAGAGCUUCCAGCAGUCUAGGAACCGGAUGAGCAGAUUAGUGAGAAAAUUGAGGCAAAGAAUAACGGAGCCUGAGGAACGAACAGAAGAGGGAAGAAACGGCCAGGAAUGCAAAGAGGAAGAAGUGGAUGAUGAAGAGGAGGUGGAAGAGGCAGAUACAGAUAGGGAAAUAUAUGGCACAAACACAUUCUCCAGUACCGUAAAAGCCAGUAAAAAAACAAAUUUACUCCUUGGUGAUGGUGGUGGUGGCGGUGGUGAUGUUCACUCAGCAUUUGAGUCUCUAACCUCUCCACCCAUGAAGAGGCGAGGCCGGAAGCCUAUGGUUGUCACAAUGAUGAAUCCUAGCCGGAUACUCAUUAAAGUUGCACGAACGGCUGAGAUUUCUCUGUCGAGAACGCGGUCACACAGUGCCGAUCCUUGGCUGACACUAGUUGAACAAGAAACGGCAAAUGGCUCAUCUAAUGUGGCUCAAACGCGGAAGUUAUCUACUGAAAAUGGACCAGCUCAAUUACAGGAAGGUGUCAGUUCCAAUGAGGCCGCCAGUGGGACGCAUGUAAUGCAAGAGGAGGCAGAGCAGAGACAAGAGCUAGAGGGCUUUGGACGUUUAGAAAAAUUAGUUAAAGACAGAGCUGCUAAAGUGCGACGAUCCAGGGCAAUAGAAAGGUUCGCAGAUUUGUGGAAUUCCGAUAAGAGAUCGGAAAAAAGUGGUAAAUAUAUAUAA